UAGAGAGGGUGGGAGGUCGAACAGAUGCAAGCUCCUCCCUCCAUACAGACCUCCGAUAGAGCAGGAAUGUGAGGGGACACAAGGGGGAACAGGCUGGGGAUUGUGUCCUACUGCCCCUGUAACUCCCUCCCCUGUGUCCCUGGCAUUGUCCCUCCCCUGCACUCACAUCUCCAGCCUGGGCUACUGGAAAAUGAAGCAUCUGACCCAAGUAAAACCUGAAAUGGACUCCGAUUCUUACAUUGAAGCAGAACCAGAAAUAUUACUGAUAAAGAUAAAAGAAGAAGAAUCAGACUCUGAAGAUCAUAUGAACGUAGUGGAGAACUCAGCAGUUCCUGUUACAGAUGGGGGUGCCUUAGAAAUUGAGCUUAAAGUAAAAUCAAAUGAAGAGUUGGGCACUGAGGAUCAUGGGACUGCAAUAAAGCGGGAAACAGAUGCAGUAACGGAGGCCGAGAGAUUACUUGGUGAUAGAAGGAAGCUGGAUCCCAUAAUUUGCAGACCUUGGCAAAGACAAGAGAGACCCCCAGUAGCGGGUUCCAGCGAUUCCUCUGACAUAUUGGAUGCAGCCGAGGAAGGCGCUGGGGUAUUGCUGGGGCUGGCACAGAGCCGGGCACUGACUGACUCACAGUUCGGCACAAGAUAUGAGGACUCCUCACCAGAAUCUGAUGUCUCUGAGUUUCCCUGUGAGAAAUGUGGCAAAAGCUUCUCUCUAAAUAGUGACCUUCUUGCCCACGGCUGUACCCCGCCCUGCAGUACAGAGUUCUCCAAACGACCCAUGAGAAAGAACACCAAAAAGAAGCCUUUCUUCUGUGCAGAAUGCAACAGGCACUACUGCAGCAAACCCAGCUUCCAGAGGCAUCAGUUGGUCCACACCGGGGAGAAACCAUUUGAAUGUACGGACUGUGGCAAAUGCUUUUCUGACAAGAGUAACCUUCGCUGCCACCAGAGAAUUCACACUAGAGAGAAGCCUUUUACAUGUAUGGAAUGUGGCAAAGGAUUCUCUGAUAAGAGCAACCUUCGGAGCCACCAGAGAACUCACACGAGGGAGAAACCAUUCGCCUGUACAGAAUGCGGCAAAAGCUUCUCUCAGAAAAUCGGCCUUCACAAUCACCUGAAAUGCCACACGGGGGAGAAACCGUUCAUGUGUACAGAAUGCGGGAAAAGCUUCUCUAAUAAGAGCAACCUUAACACCCACAGGAAGAUCCACACCGGCGAGAGGCCGUUCAUCUGUACCGAAUGUGGCAAAACCUUUCCUCGGAAGAAAAACCUCCAGAGCCACCAAACCGUCCACACGCAAGAGAAACCGUUCACGUGUUCAGAGUGCGGCAAAUGCUUCUCUCAGAAGAAAAACCUUCACACUCACCAGAAAAUCCACACGGGGGAGAAACCGUUCAAGUGCAACGAGUGCGGGCAGGCCUUCCUCCGCAAGCGCAACCUUUUGUCCCACGAACGGAUUCACAUCAUAGAGAAACCCUAUAUAUGCGGUGAAUGCGGGCAAAGCUUCUUUCUGAGCAGUGAAAACCCUACACACUGUUGCACCAAGGCCGCAGAUAAUAAUAACACUUCCAAUGGACACAACGGCGGAAACGCUGGGCACAGCGCGACUAAAUCCGCUUUCCAGCUGGACAUCACCGCCUGGAAACCGUUCAAAUGUUCAGAAUGCGCCAAAUGCUUCUCUCAGAAGUGCAACCUUCAAAGCCACCAGAAGAUUCACACGGGGGAGAAACCUUAUCCGUGUUCGGAAUGUGGGAAGAGCUUCUCCAGGAAGGUGAACCUCAAAAUCCACCAGAAAAUCCACACCGGGGAGAAACCCUUCACCUGCGCAGAAUGCGGCAAAUCCUUCGCUCUGAGGUUGACACUCAAUAACCACAUGACCAUUCACACUGGGGAGAAGCCGUUCACGUGCUCAGAGUGCGGGAAAAGCUUCAGCAUAAAGAACCGCCUGCGCAUCCACCAGAAAGUGCACACAGGGGAGAGGCCGUUCGAAUGCACAGAGUGCGGGAAGCUGUUCUCCCGCAAGUUCAACCUCCUGACGCACGUUAGGAUGCACAUGCGCAGAAACGCGCUACAUGCGCAGGAGGAGGGGAACGCUGCCGUGUAAAUAAUGGGGUAAAUGAACAGAGACAACAUGACGCAUUUUACACUUUUUUUAAAAAUUUGCCAUCAUUAUCCUUUAUUACCCAUAAGCCAAACCGGUUGCCGUAAUCAUGAGUUUCAUAUCUUUGAACAGAAAAAUCUGAAUGGAAAGUCACCCGGAAAAGGAGAAAAUAUAGAGUAUAUUCCGAAUAUUCUAUACAAACUCAACAGACUGACAGGGGAGUCGUUAUCCCUGGGAAUGGUCGCUCCGACAUUAGUACAUGCACUUAGGGUCAGGCUGGAGCCUUCCCUACGUACAGACUGGGAUACGGGUUUCCCUACCAAACUCACAUGGAGGAGAGAGUUUUGUCACGUGAUACAAACAAUGCAAUUCACAUACAUCAGAUAAAUAGUAAUGUUUCCUUUUACUUGUGCAUAGUGUGCAUGUGCUGUGCCUCACACUCUCGUGCGAUGUUCUGUGCACACUAGCGUCAUAAACCAUUCCUACCUAAAA